CAUAUGCAGCCGCCAUAUUCUGUGACAGUAUUUUGAUUCGUAUCUGCUGGAAGUGAGCAAAAAGAGAAAAGUGAAGGGCUGUCGAGGGGAGGGGGGGGCGAAGAAGAGGAGCUGUCAGAACGUUGUUCCCGAGUCUCUGUCAGACGGCGGAGAGCGGCUCGGUAUCCCUCCCCUAGCGUUGUUCCGAGGACACUGAAGGCCCGGGCCUCGGCUCAGUUGGCUCUUCGGCUCCCUGCUAGUAGCUGGACUCCUCUCGGCUGAUCCUCUCCCAGCUCCGCGGCCCUCCGGUGCUCCGGCGGCGGUGUCGGGUGUAGAAGCGGCCCAGGGAGCGGCGGCAGAGACGGGAAGAAGAUGUUCAAGAUGAAGGCGGUUUGCUGCCACGACUGACGCCCCAGUGCGCUGAACAGAACGAGCAGUCCUGACCUGGCAACAUACGAAUGGCCCAGGGAAGCCACCAGAUUGACAUUCAGGUUUUGCAUGACCUGCGCCAGAAGUUCCCUGAAGUCCCAGAGGGUGUUGUGUCCCAGUGUGUUCUGCAGAACAACAACAAUUUAGACGCCUGCUGUGAAUACUUGUCCCAGGUCAGUCCGGGCUACCUGUACAGCGAAGAAGGAAACCUCGGCUUCUCCGACGAUCCCGGCUUCAUCAGGCUUCGUAAUCACAUGACCCAGCUGAACCUGGGCUUGCAGUCUCAGAAUGUGCACGCGGCCCCGGUCCGGGACGGCCUGAGAAUGAACGGCAGUCGAACUCUGGCCCACAGCCUGAGCGACGGGCCCCUCCAGAAAGGCACGGCCCCCACCACUGACUUCUUUCCGCAGGAUCCCCACACAGCCCCAGUGCAGGUGCCCCCCAGCAUCAAUGUGUUUGGCGGGAUGGAGCCCACACGCAAACCGCAGCCUCCACAGCACCUCGGACUCUACCCUCUGGGUGGCAAAGGAUCAACUAUGGGUGUCCAGCAGACACCGCGCUUCAACCCCAUCACCGUGACGCUAGCGCCCCAUAUCCAGACGGGCCGCAACACACCAACUUCUUUGCACAUACACGGCGGUCCACAGCCGGGCCUCGGCAGUCCGCAGGGUAACUCCAUAUACAUCCGGCCCUAUGUUAGCCAGUCUGGUACGACCCGGCAGAACCAGCAGCAGGGAGGCAGGGCCCAGUACAGCCCCACCUCCCAGCCCCAGCAGCAGAUCUACCAGAUCUCACACCCCUCCUCCCUGUCUGGCUCCUGGUCCGGCCCUCAGCACGCCUCCUCCUCACAUACCUCACAGCACCAGACCCAGGGCCACCAGACCUCUCACGUCUACAUGCCGAUCAGCUCCCCCACGAAUCCCCAGGCGCCCUCCAUCCUCCCUGCUGGAAGCCAGGCCUCUUCCUCCGGCGUCUCAUCAUGCUCCUCUUCCUCCUCCUCCUCCUCUGUCAUGCCCACCUCCCUGUCCACCAUCAGCCAGUACAACAUCCAGAACAUCUCCACUGGCCCACGGAAGAAUCAGAUAGAGAUCAAACUUGAAUCUCCUCAGAGGAGCAACUCCACAACCACGACUGCAGUGCUGCGGACGGGCAGCGGGCCCCGGUCCUCCUCCACUUCCUCCUCCUGCCCUUCCUCUUCCUCCUGUUCGACCGGGGUGGCUACUGUCCCCACCACCCCUCUCUCCAUCGGAGGCCCUGGUCUGAGCCGCAGCCAGCCCACUGUUUACAUCUCUGCCAGCCCGCCUACUGCUGCUACCACUCCCUCUGAGGAGGCUGUCGUGGCCUCAGCCGGCUCCCGCUCUCAACCCAAGUUUUACAUUUCUGCCAACGCCUCCAGCGACGACAGUGGGGGUAGGAACCCUCCCACAGUCUACAUCUCAGCCAACCCUCCAUUGCAGGGGCCCUCAGGUGCCAGGAACAUGGGGGGCCAAGUGAGCAUGGGCCCCGCGUACAUCCACCACCAUCCACCGAAGUCCCGUGCCUCUCUAGGAGGGGGAGGCCCGGCUUCUUCCCCCCGCGUGGUGGUGACACAGCCCAACACCAAAUACACUUUUAAAAUCACAGUGUCCCCCAACAAACCCCCUGCUGUGUCCCCUGGAGUCGUGUCCCCUACGUUUGAGCCCAACAACCUCCUCAGCCUUCCCUCAGACCACCACUUCGUGGAGCCAGACCCGCUCCAUCUCUCAGACCCGCUGUCGCCACACAGGGAGAGGCCGAGCGAGCCGCGCAGACUCAGCAUGGGCUCAGAUGAUGCAGCAUACACACAAGCGUUGUUGGUCCAUCAGAAGGCCCGCAUGGAGAGGCUGUGGCACGAGCUGGAGCUGAAGAAGAAGAAGCUGGAGAAGCUAAAAGAGGAGGUCAACGAGAUGGAGAACGACCUGACCAGGAGACGGCUGGAGAGAUCCAACUCGGCCUCCCAAAUUCCUUCUAUCGAGGAAAUGAAGCAGCUGCGAUGCAAAAACAGGUUACUGCAGAUCGACAUUGACUGCCUCACCAAAGAAAUUGAUCUCCGUCAAACCAGAGGACCACACUUUAAUCUUAGUGCAAUCCAUAAUUUUUAUGACAACAUGGGAUUCCUUGGUCCUGUCCCACCCAAACCCAAAGGUACUUUAUCUAUUGACAGGAGAGGAUGUAGAUAUAAUGUGACCUCUGAGCUCAUGAUGGAGCCCUCCACUGGUCCCUCCCCUCCUCUCCCACUUGAACCGGGCAGUAAGAUUGUGAAGCCCAUCGCAGACCAGGAGGAAGACGAGGGGAUGCAGUGGAACUGCACCGCCUGCACCUUCCUCAACCACCCCGCCCUCAACCGCUGUGAACAGUGCGAUUUCCCGCGUCACUUCUGAGCCAACGAGGCUGCGCCGCCUCUGCCCGCCAGACCACAAUACAAAAAAAAAAAGGGCCUCUCUGUUUCUUCUUUUAUUUCGCUAGUCGUAUGAAAACUCGGGACGUGGGGGCGUCGUCAUCGAGCACAGUUCGUCCAGUUCUUUCUUCCCUCCUCUCUAAGGUUUUGUAGAAAGCUGUCCACUGAAGGCUUUACAGUGUUACAGCUUGUGUUUUUCCACAAAGGCUGGCAGAGUCGGAUGAUACCUCACCUUAGAGACUCGGAAUGCCGUGCGGUCGAGUCUGCUCGACGGGUGACACUUUUCCCCUGAGGGAUACCUCGCUGCUGCCACUUACAGUAUUACGAGUGUGGCCCUGCAGUGUGACGGCACACAUACACACACCUACACAGAACACACACACACACACACACACACACACACACACACACACACACACACACACACACACACACACACACACACACACACACACACACACCACAACACAGGUGCAAAAGUGCCUUUUGCUGAUAACAUUUUGUCGUUGUUUUUUCUUCCUCUGUGGUGGCGUGAUCGGGGAAUUGGGAACUGUGUUCAGCCACUGCUCUCCACCUGAAGGGAAAACUAACAGACUAAUCGUGGAACUUUUAAAGUUUGUUUGCUGUUUCUAGAGGAUGUCAAAGGGGGAACCCGGCAGUGUCGCUGUCACUCAAACGUGCCUCUUGUGCUCCCCCCCCCCUUCAGUGUCCCCUUUUCUGUCUCCUCGGUCAUGAGUUAAUGAAAAAGAAACUACGUUGCAUGCUUUGUGUACAGUACACGGAGGCAGAAACUCCCCUCGAUCUUUUUACUGUACAUAAUUUUAGAAUGUGCCUUGAAAGCCUUCUUCCUCACACUAUGAAUCACUUGUAUUUCCUGUAAGUAUAGCUUUAUAGACUUUAUUAACUCUCUUUUUUUUCGUCUUGUUUUGUUUCCCCUCUUUCAAACAAUUAAGCCCCUUGCUCCCCCCUUUUUUUUUUUUUUUUUUUUUUUUUUUUUAAAGCUUUUGACUUGAUUUCUGUGAGAGUUGAAGCCUUGCAGAAGGAGAGCAGCAGAGCAGUUUUAAAACCCCUUGCAGUCAUCAUGAAGCUACGUCUGACCCGGCCCGUUCAUCGCUUGUGUAAUUGCUGAGUUUCCUGUGUACGAUCUGCAGAUGCAGCAAAGAGGAAGGCGAUGGAGGAGUCUAUUUUUUGUUUGUUUUUUUCAAGACGCCAAAUAUGUCGGGACUGUCGGGGGGGGGGAGGGAGGGAAGGGGUCAAAAAGCAAAAAAUUACAAACUGCCAUCUUAUCUGACAACUGGAAUGUAGGUUUUAAUGUUUCGGGGACAACUUCACCUCAGUGCAAAGAGACACUCGUUUUCCAGUACAAUCAGGAUGUUACUGCAGAUCGAUGGAACGUCUGAUUGGGUUAAAGGUCUCCAUGUCGCUGUGCACCUGACUCGGGUUUUUUGUGAGGUAACAAAGAUCAAAGUGAACAUGUUUCAGUUGAAAGUAUACCUAUGAUGUAGAAAUCUUCAUAUGGGUCCCAUGUCUUUAUAUACACAACCAGUCACAAUAGUUACAACAUCAUGGAAGCAGACAACAUGACUGUCCACUUUGUAUACUCUUGUUCGUAUUUGGCUCAUUUCAUCCUCCUAAGCUUUUAUUGAUGAGGGUGUUUCUAAAGUUUACUUAUUGUCAUUAACUUACCUUAACUGUGGAGUAGUUACUUCUUUUUUUUUCCACACUUGUGAAACGUUGCCUUGCGUCAGUGCCUUAGAACUAUUGAAUUUUUAUUGAUAUCUAUUCUGUCACAUCAGAGUGCCAUUUUUAAAAUCGAAAUUUUAGUCAUGUUUAAACCCAUUUAAAAGUAGAAGAUGGAUUAUUGUCUAUUAAGCACUUACGCCAUACUUUUUUCCUUUUUUUUUUCCAAUCCAAAGAAACCAGUUUUCAGCUUUAUCUGCACCUUGGUGUGAAGAGGCAGUUUAUUCAUGUUUUAUUAAAUGGAAAAAAAAUAAUUUGGAUAUCUAAAGUGUUUCUUUGAUUUUAGCUGGGAAAACUGUCUUUGUAACAGAUAAGUUAUUUGUAAAAAUAAUUAAAAAAAUCUAUUCUGA